AUGAAGGUGAUAACAAAGGAGAAGAAAACACUUUUCACCAAUCUGCUGACGCAACACGAGAAGACUGACAAACUUGAAUGUUUGGGAGUUUAUCGCAUCAAAUACGGAAGCUAUGAGCAGAAGUAUAUCGGUGUAACAGGAAGAAAAAUCGGCCUACGAAUCAAGGAGCAUCAAGGACUCUGCAGGAAUAUGGAUACGAAAAGAUCCGAAAUAGCGGAACACAUUGCACGAACAGAGCACGAAAUCGACUGGAAAUCGACCGAACGGUUGGCUGCAUGUGGUGAAAAUCCGAGAGGCGAUCGAAAUACUGACCGAGAGAGAUCUAAUGAACAGGAGACUUGA